GAGAAAUUCUCCUUUCAUGAAGGGCUCAUGAGAACUUCUUUGUCAGCGAGCUUGCAUAAAUUUUUUUGGGCGCCACACCGGCAGUAAUGCUGGCAUCAACCCACCCCUGGGCCAAAAAUAGACAUGGUCCAGAGCUUCAGGAGUUUGCCAACUUGUUUGUGUAAAGGAGUACUGGGGCAGAAGCUGUCCAUUUGUGAUGUCAGAUCCUUAAGAAUGUUUUGUUAUCUGUCAUUCUGAAAAGAAAAAAAACCCCAGAUCUAAAUCCUAGCAUUUGGGCUCUUUCAACGGCAGAGCCAUGUCAAAUGUCGAAGUCUUACAAACCCCGGCUGUGAUUAUUGACAAUGGAUCCGGGUCUUGCAAAGCGGGGCUUUCUGGGGAGGCAGAACCGAAAGCCAUUGUCCCGUCCGUGGUUGGUCGUUUCCAAGAGAAACCGGAGAAAAUUUAUAUUGGGGGAAGAGCCAUGGCCAAGAAAGGGGCCUUGCUGAGUUAUCCUGUGGAACGUGGGGUUAUUUCCUGCUGGGAUGAUAUGGAGAAGCUGCUGAGAUAUAUCUACAGGUACGAACUUAAAGUGAAGCCCAGCACAAGGCCUGCGUUUCUUUCAGAGCCCCCCAGGAAUCCACUGAAGAACCGGGAAAAAAUCACAGAGCUCAUGUUUGAAAGCUUUCGAGUCCCAGCGUUGUACCUAGCGAUCCAAGCGACUCUAGCAUUGUAUACCUCGGCUCGUACCACUGGUUUGGUGCUGGACAGCGGAGACGGAGUGACCCAUGCCGUUCCAAUUUAUGACGGAUACUGCUUACCUCAUGGGGUAUCCAAACUCCCUCUGGCAGGAAGGGACGUGACGGACUACUUUGCCAAUCUCCUGAUGGAGAAGAACCCUGGUUUAGUGAGCCGGGCCAAGAAAACCAUACUGAGGCUCAUCAAAGAGAAUUUUUGCUACGUGGCUUUGGACCCCAAACAAGAAGCUCUGAAGAAAGUGGAACAGAAGGUGAAGCUGCCCGAUGGGAAUACCAUCAAGAUCCAUCUGGAUCGCUGCCAAGCGCCAGAAAUCCUUUUCACACCCAAGACCAUCGGUGUCGAGGCACCGGGCAUCCAUACCAUGAUCACCAGGAGUAUCCACAAGUGUGACAAGGACAUUUGGGCUCCCUUAUAUGGCAACGUGGUCCUCUCAGGAGGUUCCUCUCUUUUCUGCGGUUUGGAUGAAAGAAUCUUUAAAGAGAUUGAGCCUCACGUCCCAAACGGGGUUCCCAUACGGAUCAUAACACCCUCGGAAAGGUCCUGCGCAGCUUGGGUGGGCGCAUCAAUUAUUAGUAACUUGGUAUCUUUUCAACCAAUGUGGUUUACAAAGGAGGACUACAAAGAAUUCGGGGUGGCUGCGAUACACCGGAAAUGUUUUUAGGCAGCCGGGAUGUCAAAUUCCGCUAACGAAAAAGUAGGAAAAAGUAUUUAAUGGAACCAAAAGCAAUUUUUUUAAAUGCUGACUUGGG